GACCACAAAUAAUUUUCCUUGUAGUUUUGUAACAUCUAUUUUUCUUUCACUAUUCAUUAUCAUUGUUUUAAAUAUUUUUGAAACUUUAUACAUAUAUAUUUGCAAGACUGGUCUUCACUAGGUUGUAAUGUUGCUAAAACAAAGCGUGUUUACCAUCACGUGCGCGUUCAUAUUACACGUGACACUCUGUAUUCAUACUCCAGCAGCGAGAAUCAACCCAGCAGAAUGUCGUUCAUUAAUUGACCUAUAUGUUGUGAUAGAUGGAUCAGAUAGUAUUUCAUAUCAUGAUUUCGGACUGUUGAAGACCGCUGUUGAAAAUCUGAUCCCGGAAAUAGAUCUUGGACACAAUAAAGCUCGAAUUGGCAUGUUAGUGUACAGUUCACAUGUGCCUGUAAUGAGUGAACAUGAUUUUUCCUACAACCAGCACUACCUCAUAAAUGCCGCGAAAACUUUACAACACCCACGUGAUGGGACAGAUACAGCACUUGGUAUCAAGCAUAUGAAAAAAUUCUUCAAGAAAAAUGGUCGUAAAAAUGUUCCUUGGGUUUGUGUUGUUAUCACAGACGGAAUCAGCAAAAAUGCGACGGAAACUAUAAAACAAGCAAAGCAGGCAGAUAAAAUGGGUAUAAGCAUGUUUGCUGUUGGUAUUGGACACAGGAUCGCACUACGAGAGUUGGAAAACAUAGCAUCAACACCGAAUCAAGUUAUGGCAAUCGACGAUUUUAGUCAACUCCAAAAUAUGCUCAAACAAAUGAUGUUUACAAUUUGCCCUUGUCCGGUACCACCGACUGUACCACACGCAAAGUGCAACGAUGGUGCUCGAGCCAUUGGAACUGUUCGUACAUACACAUGUGAAAGUGGUUAUUUACAGCGUGGAAAGUCAACCAUUCAGUGUCAAAGGGACUUCACAUGGACACCGUUGUCUCUAGAUUUUGAAUGUGUUUCUUGUAGAAAGGAGACCCCAGUUGUGAAAAACGGCAUAUGCAGCGGAGGGGAAUUCACAAUAGGAACAACGCGUACAUAUACUUGCAAAAAGGGUUACCGUCCUGUUGGGGACCAGAGUAUCAAAUGUCUGAACGAUGCCACGUGGAGCAAACCGAAUUUUGAAUGUGUUCCAUGUGGACCAACUCCCGUCAUUGAGAAUGGGCUUUGUGGCGAGGGAAAAUUUACAAUUGGAACCCACAGAAAACUUUCAUGUCUUCCCGGAUAUCGUGCUAUCGGUACAGCAGAUAUAGAAUGCCUUGAUAAUAUGUCAUGGGCAAGUCCUCAGUGGAGUCAACCUGACUUCCAGUGUGUUCCAUGUGGUCCAACACCGGUAAUUGAGAAUGGACUUUGUGGUGACGGAAAAUUUACAAUUGGAACCCACAGAAAACUUUCAUGUCUUCCUGGAUAUCGUGCUAUCGGCACAGCAGAUAUAGAAUGCCUUGAUAAUAUGGCAUGGGCGAGUCCUCAGUGGAGCCAACCUGAUUUCCAGUGUGUUCCAUGUGGUCAAACACCGGUAAUUGAGAAUGGACUUUGUGGUGACGGAAAGUUUACAAUUGGAACCCACAGAAAACUGUCAUGUCUUCCUGGAUAUCGUGCUAUCGGCACAGCAGAUAUAGAAUGCCUUGAUAAUGUGUCAUGGGCCAGUCCUCAGUGGAGUCAACCUGACUUCCAGUGUGUUCCAUGCGGUCCAACACCGGUGAUUGAGAAUGGACUUUGUGGUGACGGAAAGUUUACAAUUGGAACCCACAGAAAACUUUCAUGUCUUUCUGGAUAUCGUGCUAUCGGCACAGCAGAUAUAGAAUGCCUUGAUAAUGUGUCAUGGGCCAGUCCUCAGUGGAGUCAACCUGACUUCCAGUGUGUUCCAUGCGGUCCAACACCGGUAAUUGAGAAUGGAAUUUGUGGUGACGGAAAAUUUACAAUUGGAACCAACAGAAAACUUUCAUGUCUUCCUGGAUAUCGUGCUAUCGGUACAGCAGAUAUAGAAUGCAUUGAUAAUGUGUCAUGGGCCAGUCCUCAGUGGAGUCAACCUGACUUCCAGUGUGUUCCAUGUGGUCCAACACCGGUAAUUGAAAAUGGACUUUGUGGUGACGGAAAAUUUACAAUUGGAACCCACAGAAAACUUUCAUGUCUUCCCGGAUAUCGUGCUAUCGGUACAGCAGAUAUAGAAUGCCUUGAUAAUGUGUCAUGGGCCAGUCCUCAGUGGAGUCAACCUGACUUCCAGUGUGUUCCAUGUGGUCAAACACCGGUAAUUGAGAAUGGACUUUGUGGCAAGGGAAAAUUUACAAUUGGAACCCACAGAAAACUUUCAUGUCUUCCCGGAUAUCGUGCUAUCGGCACAGCAGAUAUAGAAUGCCUUGAUAAUGUGUCAUGGGCCAGUCCUCAGUGGAGUCAACCUGACUUCCAGUGUGUUCCAUGCGGUCCAACACCGGUAAUUGAGAAUGGACUUUGUGGUGACGGAAAAUUUACAAUUGGAACCCACAGAAAACUUUCAUGUCUUCCUGGAUAUCGUGCUAUCGGCACAGCAGAUAUAGAAUGCCUUGAUAAUAUGGCAUGGACGAGUCCCCAGUGGAGCAAAUCUGAUUUCCAGUGUGUACCAUGUGGUCAAACACCGGUAAUUGAGAAUGGACUUUGUGGUGACGGAAAAUAUACAAUUGGAACCCACAGAAAACUUUCAUGUCUUCCCGGAUAUCGUGCUAUCGGUACAGCAGAUAUAGAAUGCCUUGAUAAUAUGUCAUGGGCCAGUCCUCAGUGGAGUCAACCUGACUUCCAGUGUGUUCCAUGCGGUUCAACACCGGUAAUUGAGAAUGGACUUUGUGGUGACGGAAAAUUUACAAUUGGAACCCACAGAAAACUUUCAUGUCUUCCCGGAUAUCGUGCUAUCGGCACAGCAGAUAUAGAAUGCAUUGAUAAUGUGUCAUGGGCAAGUCCUCAGUGGAGUCAACCUGACUUCCAGUGUGUUCCAUGCGGUCCAACACCGGUAAUUGAGAAUGGACUUUGUGGUGACGGAAAAUUUACAAUUGGAACCCACAGAAAACUUUCAUGUCUUCCUGGAUAUCGUGCUAUCGGCACAGCAGAUAUAGAAUGCCUUGAUAAUAUGUCAUGGGCCAGUCCUCAGUGGAGUCAACCUGACUUCCAGUGUGUUCCAUGCGGUCCAACACCGGUAAUUGAGAAUGGACUUUGUGGUGACGGAAAGUUUACAAUUGGAACCCACAGAAAACUGUCAUGUCUUCCCGGAUAUCGUGCUAUCGGCACAGCAGAUAUAGAAUGCCUUGAUAAUAUGUCAUGGGCCAGUCCUCAGUGGAGUCAACCUGACUUCCAGUGUGUUUCAUGUGGUCCGACACCGGUAAUUGAGAAUGGACUUUGUGGUGACGGAAAAUUUACAAUUGGAACCCACAGAAAACUUUCAUGUCUUCCUGGAUAUCGUGCUAUCGGCACAGCAGAUAUAGAAUGCCUUGAUAAUAUGUCAUGGGCCAGUCCUCAGUGGAGUCAACCUGACUUCCAGUGUGUUCCAUGUGGUCCGACACCAGUUAUUGAGAAUGCAAUUUGUAAAGAUGGUGUGAGCAUUUUAGGCACACAAAGAACCUACACAUGCAUGAUUGGUUAUGUGUUAAAAGGAAAUCCCACUACGACCUGCCAAGAUGAUGCCACUUGGUCGAAUCCUUCUUUUACUUGUCAUGAUUGUGGAGAUCCCCCUAUGGUAGCAAACGCGUACACCGGGACGGGACCCAGUACUGUAGGUGCUAAACGUGUAUAUUUCUGUGAGGACGGAUUUAAGAUGGUUGGUAAAGGUGUGGUCAAGUGUAAGGGGAGCGGUAAAUGGGAAAAACCAAAGUUUUCUUGUGAGGGCAUUACAACCAACAUGACAACGGGAGAGCCAAGUGUAUGCGACAGUUGCAGAUUUAUAAAUGGUGUAGGAUACAACAAUCAUCCAUAUGACUGCAAUCAGUUUGUCCAAUGUUUUAAAGGAAAUAGAGGCUUGGAACCAGCCUAUCGGAAGUGUCCAUUUGGUUUGUUUUGGGAUCAGAACGCUCUAACAUGCAAACCAUCGCAUGAAGUGGACUGCCCAAAUGAUCAGUGCAAAAAUCCUUUAGUUCAGUCUUAUCAGCACAAAGAUCCAAACAAAUGCUGUGCCUACUGGAAAUGCAAGAAUGGGCGUGCAUAUGGAGAGUGUUGUGGUGAGGGUUCGUCAUUUAGCCGCCUUCAAAACCAAUGUGUUCCUGACGCCGAAUGUUUAGAUACUUGUCCCUUCCAUGAUGAAAUACCAGUUUGUGAUAAGAGACCGACUGGGAAAGACACAAUGUUCGAGCAGCAUAUAGGCAACAAUCAUUGGGUCACUAUGCAUUGUGCUCCAGGUACAGCAUUUAAUCCUGUGGAUUGCAAAUGUUCACUUUUCAUCAUGAACGUACCCGGAAGAAAUAGACAACAACUGUGCAAACCUGAGAUAUUCCUCCCUUUUACAAAUAGCUUUCAAGAUCGGUCUGGAAAAAAUGUUUUCGUUAAACCAGAAAACGUGACAAUACAUAGAGGGGCAGCUCUUUUCAACGGGAAUUCCCGAAUCAUAAUAAAUCGCUUUGCUAACACGGAAUUUUACGGCGAUCUUGUGAUCAAGUUCCGUUAUAAUGAGUUUAAACGUGGUUCAUAUUUCAACAAGUUACAAGCUCUCGUUACCAAUGGUGAUUGUGGUUCAGAUCCUUCUAUAUUAUACAAAGACUUCUGUAAAGAUAAAGAUUGGAAGGAGGUCAUUUACAUACACAAUAUGAAAAAGUUAGAGGGUAGAGUUUGUGGUGCCUCGAAAGCGAGAUGGUCGUAUGGACAUAUACAAGCAAAUCAUUGCGCCUUACAAGUUGGCUAUGGCAGUGGACUACAGUCAUAUGUUGGACUGAUAGAUGAUUUGUACGUGUACCAGUGCCGACCACGAAACGGAGAACUGAACAUUGGCUACUAGAUACAGUCAUCAGUGCCGACCACGAAACAGUAGCUACAUGUAACUGUAUUGCUGUGAUAUCUAAUCGAAACAUGUCAAUUUUACAUU